AUGACGAUAUCAAAUACUUCCCCAACUAGCCUCGACGACCAAACACCGAUGCGGCCAAUCGAGAGAUGGCUCUUCACACUUAUCUUGUUCGGCGUUAUGUGUGUCUUUUAUAUCAUUCCUGCCAUAAGUAACCAGCUCGCAAGCCCAGAGGACCCCGAGGACGCACAGUCGUCAAGCAGCAUAAACUCUGAGACUAGCGAUCUGAAGCAGUUAGACUCAAUAGCUCCGCCGAGGACGUAUAAGCAAGUGAAAAAGGAGGCAAAACUUCAAGGCACAGAAGGGUAUUUGGCCUGGUCCGACUCGUUUGUCACCUGUGUUAUAUGCUUGGAGGCGAUGCUAGAUAGCGAUACCGUCCGCCGCUUAUCAUGCAUCAUUACACUUGUCCUCUAUCGAGUUCAUAGUCAUUACAUUCAUGAAAUCGAUUCGGUCCAAAUACAAGAGCAAUAG